UCCCCGGCGCUCCUUACCAGUGGCUUCUGCGGUCACAUGGGUUAUGUGCUGGAGUUUAAAAGAGCUUAUAGCCCCCGAGCCGGUGCAGAAGCAGCCGGUGGUUGCAUGGGGGUAGCGCCGGGAGCAGCGAGGAGGGCGCCAAAAUUGCAGUUCUGAGCAGCAAGGGUCAGUGGCUCACAAGCAGCAAGGAGAACCCCACAGAGUUUGAUGAGAAAUUGGGGACACCCCAAGGACUCUGGACUGGUGAAGAGGUGAAGUGAACAUCCUGCAGAGCCGGGCUGGAGACACCAAUCUGCCAAUGAGGCAGCAUGUGAGACGGGAAUGAGAGACAGAGUGGAAGAAACGAAGCCCGAAGGAUGGCUAACCCGGUGCCGUCAGCCUGCUGCGUGGUGCUUGCCGCGGUGGUGGUGGUGUACGCUCAGAGACACAGCCAGCAGGACAGCCACAUCCAGUAUGAGCGGGUAGGCGCAGAUGUGACCAUGAAGUGUGGGUCCAUGGACUGGGACGCAGCUGUGACCUGGACGGCCAACGGCACCGAUAUCGAUGAUUCCCGCCUGAACGGGUCGUACCUGGUCCUGAGGAACGUCGACCUCAUGCAGAGCGGCCAGUACUCCUGCUACGAAGGCUCCUCCUGGCACCUCAAAUACCAGACCUACCUGAGGGUGGGAACCCCCCCGAAGGAGCCAGUGCUGAUGUGCCGGUCCAACAACUACCCAAAGGGUUUCUACUGCAGCUGGCACUUGCCCAGUCCCACCUACAUCCCCAACUCCUUCAACAUCUCCGUCAUACAUGGCACGAGAGAGAUGGUCUGCGAGAAGGACAUCUUUCCCAAAAACAGGUGUCACAUCAGAUACCUCCAGCUCUUCUCAACGGUGAAGUACAAGGUGACUUUGACAGUCACGAAUGCUCUGGGCAAAAACUCCACCACUCUCACCUUUGACGAGUUCACCAUAGUGAAGCCGGACCCCCCGGAGAACGUGGUGGCCAAGCCAGUGCCCAACAACCCCCGGAGGCUGGAGGUGGCGUGGCAAAACCCCUCUUCCUGGCCCGACCCUGAGUCCUUCCCGCUGAAGUUUUUCCUGCGGUAUCGGCCCCUCAUCCUGGACCAGUGGCAACACGUAGAGCUGUCGGACGGGACAUCACACACCAUCACAGACGCCUACGCUGGCAAGGAGUACAUCAUCCAGGUGGCAGCCAAAGACAACGACAUCGGCACAUGGAGUGACUGGAGUGUGGCGGUCCACGCCACCCCCUGGAUGGAGGAGCCCAAGCACCUCACCACCGAAGCCCAGGUCACAGAGACGACGAGCACCAGCACCUCCUCUUUCAUGCCGCCCCCCACCACCAAGAUCUGCGACAAGGGGGCCGUGGUGGGCAGCGGGGCCGUGGCAGUGUGUUGGACAGCUGGACUGGUCUUGGCUGCCUAUGGUGUUCUCUUUAUUUAAUCCCUGUCCAUCGCCGCCCAGCAGAGACAACAUCCCACCGCCCGCCACCGCCACCACCACCACCGCCACCCUGCGCCCCGCUGCCCCCGCCCCAGUUGGAGUCUCUUUAUCUCUUCAAUUUUGCACAUGUUGAGGACGUAUCAUGCUUCUCGCCACCGCUCCGGAGGAGGACGGAGCUGCCACCGCACCACGGGGAGCUGCCCUCCCCUCCCCACUUCCCAGCCACGGGGGAGCCUGCAAACCUCUCCGGACUGAGCGCGAGGCAGCGCACUGGCCCCCUUGCCUCCUCGGUGCCCACUGCGGACGAGCAUCCUUGGGCCCCCUCCGCCCCUGUCCCAGCGAGCGAGAAGCGAGCCUGGGUGCUGUGUUGCCGCCGAGGACCAGCCUCAAGCCGGGGAGCCGGCACGUGUGCAGUAACCCGCUGCACCAAGGACAUGCCUGCGGCACUGCAGCCCCCCCCCCCCCCCCGGCACCCCGCUGCCAGUGACAACGGCGCGUCUGGAGAAGGGGACAGGAAAAUGAGGUGGGGGAGUCACCCAAGGACUGAACUCUCUCCCCCGAGCUCUGGAGCGCAUGGAAAAGCCGGAGGGGUGCAGGGUGGGGUGGGGGGCUUGAUCCCCCCACCGCGCACCCGAUGCAGGAAAUAACUGGUGGCUUUCACAAGCGCAGUGGGGAGUAGGGGGCUGGCACCAUUUUAACAGAGGAAAAGGAGUUUAAACGCUUAUAAAAAGCCAGGUCCUGUCCCCAACCUGCCAGCUCCUCGCCACAGCUGUCCGAGCAUCCCAGAGCCUUGCCCUCCGACAUCCUCCGACAUCCCUCCGACCGCCCCAAAAACAUCCCGGAGGAGCCUUCACCAGCCCCAUCCUCAUCCCACCACCACCCCCAACCACGUUGGAUACAGGGAAUCGCCUCCAUUGACAUCUUUGUCUUACUCUUGAACAAAACCAGAAUAGUUCUACUGUUCCCAGUCAAGCUGGAGUCCCGCCGCCCCCAGCCCCUGCUCCGCUCUCCUCCUCGUCCUCCCCCAGGCCCUGUUUUGUAAAGACAGCUCCUCAUCCCUGCCCGGACCCAAGCGCAGUAUUUAAUACCGUACGUCCUAGUAUUCCAACUGUUGACAUGCUGUAUUUGAAUUUUUUAUAGAUGUAUAUAUAUUAAAAAAAACAAAAAAAUUAACAAAAAAAAUC